AGGAUCGCACAAAUUACCGGUUCUUAACCCUCCGCCUAAAAUAAAACCCGCCAUAUUACCGGUCACCAAUUCUUUAUUUCUCCAUUUCUCUUUCUCUCUGUUUUCUCUCACUGACUGCCUCUCCUCUUCUGUUUGGUGCCCAUCGGAACCCUAGCUUGCUCCGGCGAGCUUCUCCGGCUACCGAUGAUCUCUCUUCCGGUAAGGUUCUCCGAUAAGCUUCGCUCGUUUUUUAUCUGAAAAUGUUGGAUGCAUUCGGAGCGGUUCUUGUCCGAUCCAAGACCUGGUUUCACAGGAGGAAAAAAACCCUGAUCCGUUGAAAUUCGAUCCUCUUUUUCGUCAUGAAAUUUAUCGAAUCUGUAUCAUAUUUGAAGGCUUCGUCUUUGUAAAGCUCGCAAAAUUAGUUUUUUUUUUUUCUUUGGUUUCGAUUUGUAAAUUUGUGUACAUAUAGUUGAAACUGAGGAACUUCGUGCGAGAUUGGAGGAGAUUAGGGAUUUGAGUGGUGAAAUUUGGGGGGGUGAUUGGGGUCUGGGUUUGAUCAAUUUUGGGGAAUUUGAGUCGUAGAGAAGGUGGCUAAGAUGAAUUUGAGCUCCGCCGAGGAAGAAUCGGCGCAUGAAGUUCGUAUUCCUGCAGAAAUUGAUUGGCAGAUGCUUGAUAAAUCCAAGUUCUUCGUCCUUGGCGCCGCGCUGUUUUCCGGCGUUUCAGCGUCUCUUUACCCUGUUGUGGUGUUGAAAACCCGGCAACAAGUAGCUCAAUCCCAAGUCUCGUGCAUCAAGACCGCUCUUUCGAUUGUUAGGCAUGAUGGAAUUAGGGCGUUGUAUAGAGGAUUUGGGACAUCUUUGAUGGGUACAAUACCUGCCCGGGCGCUAUACAUGGCGGCGCUUGAGGUCACUAAGAGUAAAGUCGGAACUGCCACAAUUAGGUUAGGGUUCUCGGAGUCUGCUGCUGCCACCAUUGCCAAUGCCACUGCAGGGUUGAGUGCAUCAAUGGCUUCACAGCUUGUGUGGACUCCAAUUGAUGUUGUGAGUCAGAGAUUGAUGGUGCAAGGUGGUGUGAAGUCAAAUCCCAAAGUUCCUAGUGCAUCUGAUUGUAAAUAUGUUAACGGGAUCGAUGCAUUUAGGAAAAUCAUGAAGACGGAUGGGCCAAGAGGAUUGUAUAGAGGGUUUGGGCUAUCGAUUGUGACAUAUGCACCGUCAAGUGCAAUUUGGUGGGCAUCUUACUCUGUUGCUCAAAGAACAGUUUGGGAUGGAGUUGGGUAUUACCUUUGUAAAAAAGGUGACUUGAGCAAUGAGAAUGGAGUCAACACAUAUACACCAGGUUCGAAAACAGUCAUGGCAGUUCAGGGAGUCAGUGCAGCCAUGGCGGGUGGCAUGUCAGCCCUGAUCACAAUGCCCUUCGAUACAGUUAAGACAAGGCUGCAAGUUUUGGAUGGGGAGGAAAACGGGCGCCGUGGACCAACAAUUGGACAGACUAUUCGGAAUCUGGUUAAGGAGGGUGGGUGGACGGCUUGUUACAGAGGAUUGGGGCCGCGUUGGGCUUCAAUGUCAAUCUCUGCAACAACAAUGAUCACCACCUACGAGUUUCUGAAACGGUUCUCCACGAAGAAUCAAGAGGUAUUGACAUGAUAAAAUCAGCAGAGAAACAGAUGUUUGAUCGAUCAUAGGUCUAAUUCUAUUUAAUUUUAUCUUAAGUUGUUUCUGUUUUUCCUUUAUAUUAUUAACCUGCACACUUGGUUGAUCAAAUGUAAUACAAUGCAGGCUUUCCUGUAUACGUUAAAUAUCUUAUUUCAAUCAAUAGUGUGUCGUUCACUAGCGAAAAUAUGGAUGCUAAUGUGCC